AUGACACCAUUCCAAGCUCUCUAUGGGAGGCCUUCGUCGAGUAUUCCACAUUAUCAAGCUGGGGUAUCUUUCAUCGAUGAAGUGGACCAAACAAUGGUAUCACGAAAUACCAUUUUACAACAGCUCAAAGCCAAUUUACAUGCAGCGGCCAAUCAAAUGAAACAAGUGGCAGAUUCAAAAAGAAGGGACAUGGAGUUUCAAGUGGGGGAUUUAGUCUUCCUUAAACUCCAUCCUUUUCACCAACAAACUGUUUAUAGAAGAGCAUAUCAAAAGCUGGUUAGUCGCUUUUAUGGUCCAUACCAAAUUGAAGCAAAGGUUGGCAAGGUAGCUUACAAACUCAAAUUGCCAAAAGGGUCUCGAAUUCACCCUGUUUUUCAUGUCUCAAUGCUUAAACAACAAGUGGGGGACACUAAUGCCACUAGUACUGAACUACUACCUAUAGCUGAUGAUAGUGAGAUUAUUAUGGAACCGAAAGCUAUUUUGGAUAUCAGGUAG